CGUCUCGCUCCCUACCGACAAGACGGCGCAACAGCCGGCGUUCGUGGCUCACUACGCUACCAACAGUUCCAAGACAUGCGCAUCUCGGCAACUGCCUGGUGCUAAGUAGACUCAAUUGCGAAGGAUACCAACGUGUUGCCACACCUCAUGGCCGCCACCUUUCACAGCAUGCUCGAAGCCGACAUCAAAUCGACUGGCGAAUCCAUGCUGGCCCAGCUGAGUAACAAUAUCACGAGCACAGCGCCUGGCAACAAGACCUGCGACAAUAUCGUUGCGCUGGCUUGGCGCAAUUCGCUGUUUGCCAUCACCAUGGUGGUAAUGAACAGCGAGAGCGCGACAAAAGAUUGAUUACUAAGGCCACAACAACUGACGCCUGUAGAGCAUCAGGUAAUGCUACGAUCCGGGUUUUGUUUCGUCGAAUCAGCCCGGUGUUGGCAGUGAUGCCUGUGAACUGGACGAAUAAGGUCAGCUGUGCGCCGCCUGAUUGCGAGGUGUAUGUUUCUUUCUUAUCAAACGGUUUUCCUCAGCCUCUCCAAAGACAGGUUAGGCACACAGUUGUUUCGUCUUUCACUCAAAACUCGAGAGCUCACCCGUGUACACGAUCAAUUUUCCGC